UAAAAUUUGAAAUCAGUUAUGACUAGUAGUUCCUGAAAACAGUUUUGACUAGUAGUUCUUGAAAAUUUGCCUACUUCGAUUCUACAAAUUUGGGUAACUACAAAUACAUAAUAAAAAAGUGACUUUGACUCGCUGUUUAGACUUGUGGUGCUCCGCCUUUGUUGACUGAUUCAAACAAAUUGGCACAAAAUAAACAAGAACACGCAUUUCUGUUUUGAUCAGUUUCAUAACAUCUUUCAUUAUGGCUGAAUUACUUGUGGAGAUGAUGUUGGAACAAUUUGCUUCAAUCACUCGUCAACAGGCAGAAGAAGGGAUUAGGCUAAUUGCAGGUGCUGGCCAAGAAGUUGAAAGGCUUCAAAGCAAUUUACUGUCCAUUCAAGCUGUGCUUGAUGAUGCUGAGAACAGACAGGUUAAGGAAAACGCCGUGAGUGUUUGGUUAGCCAAGCUUAAAGACGUGUCUUAUGACAUUGACGAUGUGCUGGAUGAGUGGAACACGAAGCUUCAGAAAUUGAAAAUUAAGAAAGCUGAAGCUGCAUUUAAUCCACUGAAAAAGGUAUGUUCCUCCAUUCUUCACUAUCUCGGUUGUAGGCCAUUGGUUAUGCGCUACGACAUUGGUGUCAAGAUAAGAGAUCUUGAUAGAAAACUUGAUAUUAUUGCUAAGGAAAAAGAGACGUUCAACUUUAGAUCAAUGACGGAGGGUAACAAAGAAAUAGAGCGACCAAUGACAACCUCUGUUGUUGAUUUAACACAGGUUUAUGGAAGAGAAGAUGAUAAGAAUACAAUUGUAGAUUUAUUGCUGAGUCAGGGUAGUUGUACGCAAGACCUCUGCAUCAUCUCUAUAGUAGGGAUGGGAGGAAUUGGUAAAACAACUCUUGCCAAAUUAGUUUUUAAUGAUGAUAAGGUGAGCACUCAUUUUGAGAUUAAAAUAUGGGUAUGCAUUUCUGAGCCUUUUGAUGAGCUUAGGAUUGCCAAAGCAAUUCUUGAAUCUCUUACAAAUAGUGCACCAAACUUACAUGAGUUAGAAACUGUGGUGCAAAACAUACGUCAAAAAUUAGACAGAAAGAAGUUUCUUCUUAUCUUAGACGAUGUAUGGACUGAAGAUCAAAAAAAUUGGGAAAAUUUGAAAUCUUCUCUCACAUGUGGUUCUCCAGAAAGUAAAAUUUUGGUGACCACGCGAAAAGAGGAAGCUGCAAGUGCCAUAGGAACUACCAAAAUUAUCUCACUAGGGACACUUCUUGAGGAAAAGUGUUGGUUAUUGUUUAGUCGAAUUGCUUUUUUUGGAAAAACCAUUGAAGAAUCUAAUGAAUUGGUGGAAAUUGGUAGGAAACUUGUCCAAAAGUGUAAGGGUUUGCCGCUUGCUGUAAAGACUUUAGCUAGUCUUUUGCGUUGUAAAAGAACUUUUGAUGAAUGGCAAAAUAUCUUAGACAGUGAAAUUUGGGAAAUAGAAAAGGUAGAACAAGAGGUUUUUCAACCUCUACUAUUAAGUUAUUGUGAUUUACCCUGUACUUUGAAAAAAUGUUUUUUAUAUUGUGCCAUUUUUCCAAAGGAUUACAUAAUAGACAUAAAAAGAUUGAUUUGGCUAUGGAUGGCCCAUGGUUAUGUGAAGUCAAAGCCAAAUGAGGAUAUGAAGUUAGUUGGCGAAGAGUAUUUUGAUACCUUAGCAAUGCGUUCUUUCUUCCAAGAUUUUGAAAAAUUGACUUCUUCUAGUAGAGCAAUGUUUUGCAAGAUGCAUGAUAUAGUACAUGAUUUUGCUCAAUAUCUUACCCAAAAUGAGUGUUAUGCAAUGGAGGUUGCUGGUGUUGGGGAGCUAGAAUUGGACUCUACUUAUGAUAGAGUUAGACAUUCAAUGAUAAAGAUUCAAGAAUGGGCCUCAUUUCCUAGCUCCAUAUAUACUAGAAAGACUUUUCUACGUAGCCUUAUGGUUAAUUGUAAUUAUAAUACUAACCACCCUAAGAUAGUUUUGUCCAAAUUAGUUGAUCCGUUGGCAUAUUUAAGGUCACUAUUUUUGAAAAAUUGCUCCAUUGAAGAAAUUCCUGUAGAAAUAAAAGGGUUAAUACACUUGAGGUAUCUUGAUUUGUCACAAAACGAUAACAUAAAAAAAUUGCCCGAAACAUUGUGUGAGUUACACAAUCUACAGACCUUAGACAUUAGUUUGUGUAGUGGUCUCAGAAAACUACCUCAAGGGAUGGGAAAUUUAAUUAACAUGAGAUAUUUGUUGAAUUGGAAAACUAGUAUAAGUUACAUGCCAAAAGGUUUCGAAAGAUUGACCGGUCUACGAACAUUAGGAGAAUUUGUGAUAAGUGAUGGCAGUUAUGGUAGUAAAGCAUGUUCCAUUGAAUGUCUUAGAAACUUCAAAGGCCUUCAAUUUCUUGGUAUACAAGGCUUUGGAAAGUUGACAGAUGCAGCUAAGGUCAAGGGAAUAGAAUUAAUCAAUAAGAAAAACCUGCGUGAUUUGAGUGUAGACUUUGAGGGGAGUGACAAUGAGGGGCAUGAUUAUGAAGAACUUCUUGAAGCGUUGCAACCACCCCCAAAUUUAAUGAAGCUACGGCUGCGAGAUUAUAAAGGCAACACUAUGUUCCCUAAUUGGAUGGUGUCAUUAAACAAAUUGAGCAGGUUAGAUUUGUGGUAUUGUAUAAACUGUGAGCAUUUGCCUCCUUUGGGUAAGUUAUCAUCCCUUGAAAUUCUUAUCAUAUGGGGAAUGAAGAGAGUGAAAAGAGUGGGUAAUGAGUUUUUGGGAAUAGAGAAUGAUGCCACGUCAGCAUCUUCAUCAGUAAUUGCUUUUCCAAACUUAAAAUAUCUAUGGUUUGAUGAUAUGGAAGACUGGGAAGAGUGGAAUUACGAUAUUACGAAGAGAGGAGACGGAGAUAUUACAGUCAUGCUAUCUCUUGAGAGCUUGGAAAUUUCACGCUGCUCCAAAUUGACAUCACUGCCUAACCAUCUGCGUCAGAUGUCAACGUUGAAGAAGAAAUUUGUUAAAUGUCCUCUUCUCGACGAACAGAGAACCGAUAGCUUAUCAUCAUCUUCAGCAAGCUAUCAACUGCAACAAUGAUGCUGUAUAUGUGCAAAGAUACCAACUUUGAAUUCUCAAACACCUAGGGAUGCCAUCAAUGUAACUCGCAGGAAUUUUAGAGCUACAUUGAUUUUGCAUGCUGGAUGUUCACUGGCAAGAAGGAUUGUCCUUUUUCUGCAAACACAGCAUUGAUUUCGCACUUCUGAAAUGACAAGACCAUGAAUUCUCAAGCAGCUAUUGCCGCCUUUACUCAGUGGAAAUGGAGGAAGCAGAGAUUUGAAUAAUGAGACUCAGACCUUGCUAAAUAAUCUUACUAGCCUCAAAUUAAGGUCGCUGACAAAUCAUCUUGUUAUAUGGCAACAUUGGAGAACAAGAUAAGUGGAUGUCUAAUACUUUCAUCAAUCUCCACCCGAUACUAACCAAGAUCUCCCAGGUUCUUUCUCAACUUUGAUUCUGCAUAUGUGCAAAGAGAUAACCUUCUGAAUUCUCUAAGAGCUACAGUUGCCAUCAGUUCACUGCUGCAGAAAAAUAGUUCUGCACAAGUGCAAGUAUCAAGAAAUCUGAUACCGAAUGUUUGUUCAGGACUUGGAACAUUGCAGAGUCUCCUCAAUCAGAAAUUCUGUUUCAUUGUAUGCUUCCUAUGAUGAUUAUAUCAUUUAAAAACACUAGUAACACCCCCAGAUUCUCAUCUUCAUUUGAGUAGAACAGUGAUGAAUCUACUUUAGAGUUGUUGAAACACCAUGUGGUGUUCAAAAUGAUGUUUUGAUGAAAAAUGAUGCUACAGAAGAAAUUUACGAUUAGUGAAAACAAAUGGAUUGAGAAUUAUAGUUGAAAUGAAAAAGAUGUGACAUUUCAAUGAGUGGAUUCUCAGAUUCACAGUAGACGAGUCAAUGCCUUCACACAAAAAAGUGAUGUUGCGACAUUUUAAACUCAUAUUUUUCAGCAGAUCUAUCAACAACUUGCAGUUUCAAGUCACAGGGAUGUAAUUUUCAAAAAUUGUGUUGUUCAACCAUUUUUUGGGGGCAUCAAAUGAAAAAUGAAGAUAUCCUUGUGUGCCUGUGGCGCUAGCCAGCAAGUUGCAGAACUUAACAGCAUAGUAUUGUUGGUCAAACUGUCUCUUCCACCAACUGGCAUAACUAGAACGUUCCAAGAAUCCUGAGUAAGCACUCUUAAAUGUAAGGCUAAGGCCAAACUUGCCAUCUUCAGAUAAUGCUGGAUAUAAAAUCAGUAGAUAAGCAUGGAGUUGUUGGAGGCGACCAAAUUUCUCAGAUUAAGCUGCAAUGCCCAGAAGAGUUCUUGAUCAGUGUGACUGGCCACUACAGUGGUUUUGUUAGAACUCAUAUAUACAUUUCCCGCAGGAAAAGAGGAAGUAAAAAAGAGAAGACUCUUAGCUCUUGGAAAAGGGACCAGGAGACCAUUGCUCUAAUGCAAAAUCGGCCACAGAAAAUAGGGAGACGUGGCAAAACAAAGGAAAAAGAAAAAGAAAAAGAAGUAGCUGUGGAAGAAGUUUAAAAAGGGAGCAGGUGCUACAGAAGAGAAGAGGGUGCAACAACUGGAGGAAAGUGGGGAGAGAGUGGUUCUCUAGGAAGCUGAACUUAUACAGUGGGGACUCAACUAAGUUUCUGUGGAUUUCCUUUUGUGACUAAUCUGUUACUGGAAUUGUAAUUUUGGCUAGCAGUUGUAAUCAAACAUAGUCAUUGAAAAUAGUCAUUGUAUUGAAGAAUUUAUUUUGUAAACUUCAUCAAGAAAUAUUCAAUACAAUCCAUAUUUUCAUCGUCUA